GGGACAUAUCAAAUGCAAUUAAACCGUGCAGGAAGUUGUUAAAGUUGGGCGAACGAACAAGCGGUUGUGCUCAGGGAAAAUCUAAACAUGCCUCCCAAUUUUGUUGCGGAAGGGAAGUGUAUUCAAAAGGUAUUUUUUCUUGAGAUUGCUCUUCAAAAUUAAAAAAAAAAGUUUAGAUUCCUUUUUAUUGAUUUGUUUGUGAAGUUUUUAGGAGACGUGUUACCGGUGGAAAUUAAUACCCAUCUCUUGCACAGAUUUGGGGAAACCUCCGUAAUUUUAAGAAUUUGUAGUUUGUAAUUUUGGUAUUCCACAGACCUCUAAAAGCUUUACAAACUAAUGGACCCAAUUUCAGUUGAUAGCUACGUUUAUAAAAUCAUGCAUCUUAGUUUGUUAUGAUAAAUAAGUGACCAGGUUAUCACUUGCAAAAAAAAGACAGUCGAUGAUAACAAGCGUGCCGUUGAUAAUUGCAACGACGUCAAUGAUGACGACGACGAUGAUGGCGAAGAUAUACAGUGGUAAAUAUAUACGUCAUUUAUGUUCUUUAUCAAACUAUAGAGGCAUGUUCCAUAUUUUAUAGCACUGUAUAUAACAUUAAUAAGAUAUGCUGAUGUUAGAUUAAUUGCUGUAUGUUUGGAAACGAAAGUAUAACCAUUUUGAUGAUUAAAAAAAUUUGGUGAUGGGAUAUAUGCCAGUUUUGAUUUCCUCCAGCCCGCAUCAAAAAUAUGCCAAUUUGUUUCUUCUUGCUUGUCUUGAAAAUUUCCUCAUGUACUUUCAUUUCGAAAACCCGUGGAUGUCAGACCGACAAGAAAUGAUUGUUGGUUUGUGAAGAGUUGUGGAUAUAUAAUAAUCAUGACUUGUCAUCGAGUCGGCUUAGGAUGUACUUUUGUUGUGGUUGUGCAGAAAGUUUUUCGGUCAUCCCCGAUUCGUCUACCACACACCGAGCUGCCAGGAAGCCAGCACGCAUGCGCGAGCUGAAGUAAGCAGCCCCGUGAUUGGCCGACUGACUGUCAAGUGAAGGCUAUCCCGCAGACGACCAAUCAAGCGUGCGAUACAAUAAGGUGAGAUCGACUAAAGUCCCCUACUUCUGAACACGGUGUUCCCCGGAGCUCAAACCCAUCGAAAAGAUAUCGCCACACCUCAAUGAGCGUCAAUUGCGUUUCAGUUGACUACUGAAAAAGGUUGUUUCUCGCCGAGUUAAAGAAAGGAAAUAGGUGUAAAACUGCCUCUCGCCCUGCAGGGCCGGUGGAAAGUACGACUGGCGGGGUGACUUUGAAAAGAAAGGAUUCUGGAGCGAUUCUUAGCAUGAGUACGGAUACUCUACCACCACAGUGCAUGGACACCUCCUUGGUACGGCCCGGGGGCUCGGCUCUGCGCUUCCUCGACGUAGGGUCUCAUCACUACCACGCUGCUCAUCAGAGUUUAGGGACUGUGCCAGGCUUCAGCAUCCCAACACCUGCUUACUCUGCCCCGGCCCACUCGGCCGCCGAGAGCACGGCGCUUAGCUCUGGGCUGUCGGACAGCACGGGGAUGACGCUCAACAUGAAUUCCUACGGCAUGGAUACCUCCCAUAUGACGAGCACGUUAAAGCUAAGCCCGCCGCAUCAUAUGUCGAGCGAGCAUCAAAGUUCUGGACAGCCGAAUUUCAGCAGCCAGACGCAUAAUGGGUAUGUACCUCACUCCCAUGCCCCCCAUCAUCCAUCGCAUCACAGCAUGAGCAGCUACCCCGCUCCGCAACCCUUCUCAACCUCCAGGGAUUAUCUCAUCCGAAGGGACCCUCUCGCUGGCACCACCAUGCCCCCGUUCAAUGGACUAUCCUCGCACGACCCGAUGCCCAGCAACCCGGCGAGCCACCAUAGUAUGUUCCCGACGAGCAGCUCUCUGCAUCACGGGCACCACGCCGACACCGGCUCCGCUCACGUCAUCUUCCCGAGUUUCCACGACCAAACCACCGGCUCCAUGAACGGACAGAUGAGACUGGGACUAACAUCCGACAUGAGAUCGGACCAGUUCAACCACCACAUGUCAGCGCCGAGAAACGAUUACCUAACCACGCCACAACUCCACAACCACCACAUGAAUAUGAACAUGAAUAUGAACAUGGGACCCCCGCACCACCCCGCCGCCCACCAUGGCCCGCACCACGCCGCGUUCUUCCGCUACAUGCGGCAGCCGAUCAAGCAAGAACUUAGCUGUCUCUGGGUUGACCAAGACCUCCCCGAACCCAGAAAACCCUGCAAUAAAACAUUCACAACCAUGCACGAAAUUGUGACUCACAUAACCGUCGAGCAUGUCGGAGGGCCAGAACAGACGAACCAUACAUGUUUUUGGCAGAAUUGUUCUCGAGAACAGAAACCUUUCAAAGCCAAGUAUAAACUGGUCAAUCAUAUUCGUGUCCAUACUGGUGAGAAACCAUUCCCUUGCCCGUUCCCCGGGUGUGGGAAAGUCUUCGCUAGGUCGGAGAACCUCAAGAUUCACAAGAGAACACAUACAGGUGAGUAAAACAUCGAUAUCUAA